AUGGACAACAACAGCAGUCUAGAUUAUCAGAACAUCUUUCAUUGGGCCGAGACCCAGAAAGACGGUACCAUACCCUCGUUUGCGGUUCGGAAAAAUGACAAGUACGAGUACCAACCAGGCUUUAACAACCAUUUCGAAUCUGAAGCUAUUCCUGGAACCAUACCAAGAGGUCAAAACAGCCCACGAUGUGUUCGAUUCGGGCUGUACGCAGAACAAAUGACAGCCUCCGCGUUCGUGGCACCUCGUCAUAUGAAUAAGAAGUCGUGGCUCUAUAGGGUGCGACCGGCAGUUGCACAUCAAGGAUUUACUGAGAUGCCCGACAACAAGGACACUGAAGCAAACUUUCUACCGCUCAACCCGCGUGUGCACGUUUCCCCUCAACAAGUUGCUUGGCUUCCAUUCGACAUUCCCAGCGGCCAAGAUACAGAUUUCAUUACAGGUCUAAAGACAAUCGCCGGCUCAGGAGACCCCACCCUUCGCGAAGGUCUAGCCACACACAUUUAUACUGCCAACAAGAAUAUGGGGAAAAGAGCAUUCGUCAAUUCAGAUGGUGAUUUCUGCAUUGUUCCACAACAGGGCGCAUUGGAUAUUCAGACAGAAUUCGGUCCUUUGCUAGUCCAGCCAGGAGAGAUUGUGGUAAUACAACGAGGGCAACGAUUUCGAGUCGACCUGCCAGAUGGACCUUCUAGAGGAUAUAUCCUUGAGAUCUGGGGUGCCAAUUUUGAACUCCCCGAGCUUGGGCCUCUCGGUGCCAACGGCCUUGCCAACGCUCGGGAUUUCUUACAUCCAUGUGCGAAAUACGAAGUCAAGCAAGAAGAGUGGGAUAUCGUAUACAAGCUUGGUGGAAAGUUUUUCAGUAGUAGGCAAAACCACUCGCCCUUCGAUGUAGUUGCUUGGCAUGGAAACUACGUCCCUUACAAAUAUGACUUGACUAAAUUCGUCAACGUUGGUUCGAUUUCCGUGGACCACAUCGACCCCUCCGUUUUCUGCGUAUUGACUGCAAGGUCUCGUGAUCCGACAGCUCCCCUGGCUGACAUUCUCAUAUUCUCUCCUCGUUGGGAUGUAGCGUCCCACACAUACCGGCCCCCAUACUAUCACCGGAACGUCGCUUCUGAGCUUAUGGGACUUAUAUACGGUGAUUAUGGUGGGCGUUCAGAUGAUUUCCAGCCCGGUGGUGUCUCGUUUGAGUGCGGUAUGGUACCUCACGGUGUCGCAUAUGAGGAGUUUAAAGCUGCGUCAGAAGAUGUACCUCCUGAAAUGCAAAUAUCGAAGGGGGCAAUUGCAUUCAUGUUUGAGUCCGCUAUGCCCUUUACCAUUACGGAUUGGGCUUGGAAUAGUGACAAAAAGCACGAACACGACCCCAAAAUGUGGGACAACCUGGUGGACAACUUCUCAAAGCAUGCAAAGGAGGUUGAAGCAAUUAUGAAUGGAGUAAAUAAGCUUUAG